AUGCCAAGUAACGAGACAAAGGGCCCGGGUUUGAAGGAGCUUCUUGAAAAGCUGGCGAUCAACGACCCGUCGAAGUUUAGGGACGGUGAUGGCCCUGCAGAGCAGCGCAAAGAUAUGAAGGACUACAAGUUUUGGAGGACGCAACCGGUGACCUCGUUUGACGAGUCUGUGGAAGAUGAGGGCACAAUUGAUGGAACAAAGACCGCAGAGGAGAUCCCGAAGGAGCCCUUGGCCAUGCUUCCAGCGUUCGAGUGGUGUGAUGUGGAUAUCCUGGAUCCACAGCAGUUGGAGGAUGUGUACUUAUUGCUCAAUGAGAACUACGUGGAGGACAAAGACGCUACUUUCAGGUUCAAUUACACACGGGAGUUCUUCAAUUGGGCGCUGAAGAGCCCCGGAUGGAGAGGGGACUGGCUUGUCGGUGUACGUGUUAAGGAGACGGGAAAGUUGAUUGCGUUUAUCUCUGCUAUCCCUGUGACUCUUGAGGUGAGGGGAAAGACCGUCCCCAGCGUCGAAAUCAACUUUCUGUGCGUUCACAAGCAAUUGAGAUCCAAAAGACUGACGCCCGUGCUGAUCAAGGAGAUCACGAGGAGGGUCAAUAGGUGUGACAUUUGGCAUGCGUUGUAUACCGCUGGGACCGUGCUCCCAUCCCCCGUGUCAGUUUGUAGGUACACUCACCGCCCGAUCGACUGGAAUAAACUGUACGAGGUCGGGUUCACAGAUCUCCCCAUGGGCAAGUCUGUCUCUGAGAUGACCGCCAGGUAUGCGAUUCCAAACAAGACCAAGACGCUGGGGUUGAGACCAAUGGUUGCUGGCGAUGUGGAUGCCACGUUAUCCCUGCUCCAGAAAUACCAAGCCCGGUUUGACUUGAGACAGAUAUUCUCCCGCGAGGAGUUCAGCCACUGGUUUCUUGGGGGGCCCAACGCGGAGCAAGAUAAGGUCAUCUUCUCAUACGUAGUAGAGGAUGCGGACGGCAGAAUAACGGAUUUCUUCUCCUUCUAUUCUCUCCCCUUCUCUAUCUUGAACCAUUCCGUCCACAAGGAGCUGGGGAUAGGGUAUCUCUUCUACUACGCGACUGACGCGGAUUUUGAGUUCACUGACAGAUUCAGCACAGAGGCUACCGCGGUCCUGCGCAAGAGGUUGAACAGUAUCAUGGGAGACGCUGUCGUGCUCGCGAGACGCGCGAAAAUGGAUGUCUUCAAUGCUCUGACAUCGCAGGACAAUGCACUGUUCUUGGAGGACCUCAAGUUCGGCCCUGGAGACGGGUUCUUGAACUUCUACCUGUUCAAUUACAAAACGUUCCCGAUCACAGGCGGGAUCCGUGAGGACAAGAGCUACGACACGGAGAGGCGCAGUAACGUUGGUGUUGUGAUGCUUUGA